GAUAGGCAAGUGUUCAACAACAUAAACCGAGUAAGCAUCACCACUAUAAGACGCAUCUUGGUAAAGCACAAAAUGACCAUGAAGCAACUGUACAGGGUCCCAUUUGAGAGGAACAGUGUCAGGGUCAAAGGACUUCAACGUGAAUAUGUACAGAGAAUCUUGGCCAUGGAUGGAGCUGCACAGCCUCAUGAAUUUAUUUACAUUGAUGAGGCUGGAUUCAACCUUAGCAAAACAAGACGACGGGGUCGUAAUAUAAUUGGCCAAAGGGCAAUUGUGCACGGCCCGGGGCAGCGCGGGGGAAAUAUCUCAUUGUGUGCCGCCAUAAGCCUUCGAGGGCUUCUGUACCAUCAUGCAAAACUAGGUCCAUACAAUACACAACAUAUCAUCACAUUUCUAGAUGCUCUUCAUAAUAUAGCUGUACAGGACAGACCAGAGCAGCCCAGGUUUGUUGUUGUCUGGGAUAAUGUCAGUUUCCAUCGGGCUGCUCUGGUCCGGACCUGGUUCACCAACCAUAAUCAAUUUGAAGUGGUAUACUUGCCCCCUUACUCGCCAUUUCUAAACCCUAUAGAAGAAUUCUUUUCGGCUUGGAGAUGGCGUGUAUAUGACCGCCAACCACAUGCCCGCAUGCCUCUUCUGCAGGCAAUGGAACAGGCCUGCGGAGACAUUGAGGUGAGGUCAAUCCAUGGAUGGAUUCGGCACACAAGGGGAUAUUUUCCCCGAUGCCUAGCGGGAGAAGACAUUGCUUGCGAUGUGGAUGAGAUCCUGUGGCCAGACCCCAACAGACGGCAGGAUCCAUAAGCCCACCUACAAACGAUUGCCGUGUUUUUCUGUGUUUACAGUAUAGUGUAUUUUUGGUUUUAUUUUGGUUUUAUUUUUGCUCUAACUGAAUUUACAGUACUGUGAAGUACAGUACUGCAAUGUACUGUAUUGAGUAUUUGAUUUUUGGGUUGUUGUGAAAACGUGCCUUCUGUGGAACUGAAUAAAAACAGUGAAAAUUAAAGACUGCAGUGUUUUAUAUAAAGUAGACUAGUGUGUUGCUGCUGAUCUGAAAGUGUAUUCAUAUGAUGCAAGUGUGUAUCAUUUUGUCAUCAGAGUG